AUCAGUAUUAAAAUGGCCGUCGCAGCAUCAAUACGUUUUGUUCUAGUGUUAACGUUUCUGUCAAUAAUUCAAAGUUUACCACGACCAAAACUGACCAUCCAAGCCUUAUAUCCAAAAGGUUUACGUCUUUUAGUAGAAGUUUUAGAUGAUUCUACGCUACUAAAUUUCAACUUCAAAGGCAAAAUAAAGAGAGCAAACAGUACUUCUGAUGAUAAUGAAAUUAAUGCCAAAGUAACAAAACCUACGAACGGUAGAUGGCUUUAUGAAGAUCCGUGCUUAAAGUUGCAUUUUGGUGACGUCAUAAAUUAUGAGUUUGAGUGUCUGCAACAAUAUUACAAUUCAUUAAAAAUGUACGUGGCUAUGAAUAUCAAGCAUACUGUAGAAAGCCUUGUAGUACACGACGAUACGUGGAAUUGUUCUCCCACCGUGACACGACUGCGUGUCGGCACCGCGUGCGCUGACCAGAUAAUAUUUGAGGACCACUUCAACAGCCUCAACGAGGAUUUGUGGCAAAUUGAACAAUACAUACCUAAUGAACCUGAAUACUCGUUUGUAUCGUAUCAACGACCGCCCAAAGCGCAGACAGUGAGGGUACAUGAGGGAUAUUUGCGGAUUGAGCCGAAACUCCAACAGGAACAAGAUAACUUCAAUAAUAUAUCUUUGUGCACUGGCUCACUCAAUCUAUUUUGCGGGUGCACGAGAACGGCAGAGUUGUGCAGUGCGACCGCGAUGGGCGCUAGCAUUCUGCCACCAGUGGUGAGCGGCAGACUCACAAGCAAGACCUUUGCGUUCACGUACGGCGUUAUUGAAAUCAGAGCGAAACUACCGCAGGGAGAUUGGCUUUACCCAGAAAUUAUACUUGAGCCCUUACUUAAAAAGUACGGCACCCCAAACUACGCAUCUGGAGUAAUAAAAAUAGCAUCAGCACUCGGCAACCAUGAGCUCUGUGACGGACCAAAUGAACAUGGAAAUAAGGUUUUAUACGGAGGUCCUAUAAUGAACACGGCGUGUCGAGAUGUUCUGACAGGUCGUAAGGAGUUGUAUAAUGGAUCAAAAUGGGGUGACGACUUCCACGUGUAUACAGUGCGGUGGACACCAGACUUGCUAAGCUUUGAAGUGGACGGUGAGGAGUGGCUGCAUGUGGAACCGACGACGAACGGUCUGAGUGGCCGGUUCAAUCGCUUUUGCGACAUUCCACGUGUAUACUUAUCUCAGGGUACUAAGAUGGCACCUUUUGAUGACCACUUUCAAUUAACGCUGGGCGUAUCUGCUGGAGGUAUCACGGAGUUCAAAGAUGGCGUCAUCACAGGCGACGGACACCCAAAGCCCUGGAAGAAUAAGAACAGGAAAGCUAGCUACAACUUCUGGAGGGACUUGCCCUUCUGGCAACCGACAUGGCAUGAGCCCGCCUUACUUGUGGAUUAUGUUAAAAUUACUGCUUUGUAAUAAAACAAUUGAUAAAAUA